AGAGUAGGCUACAUCAGCAACGAUCAAAACGCUUUGCACCAUGUGUGGUACCAAAUUGAAAAAGUGUUGUAAACAGCUUUUAAGUGUUUCAGACUCGCCAUCCGACCCGAUAUUGAAGCGUAGAAGCAUCUUAAAACGAAAUGCUUUUCGAAAUGUUGUCGCUGGUUCCUCAAAAUUGCACAGCCUACUAAUGCUCGAGAAACGGUUUCUGAAACAAUUUCUGCUGUACUUUAAUCUUUACCAGCCCGGAAUGACCGUGCAGGAGAUGCGGGACAUGAAAAUUGCGCUAGAAGAUAGCUUGAACGUUAGGCGCUUUUUCCCGUGGCAGGGUGAAACCGCAGAAUGUUGCUGGUGCGCUUGCCAUUCGAAAACAAAGUAAAUUGGAUGGAAGUAUUGAUGGGGAACGCCACAAUUUCGCAUUCAUUGCUUCUUUUAUUUAGUAAUGAAGUAAGAGAUAAUCACCAAACUAAAGUGCCGCUGUGCUUAAAAAGCUCACAAUCAUAAACGUACCACGCAUUCACCCUGCCCGGGCUGCUGCUUUCAGUUCUCGAGGAACGACACAAAGUCGGUCAACCGGUGCAGCUGCGCUUCCGCACCGACCACGAUCGGCUUCUCGUCCACCGUUCGCUUUGGUAUGAUCAAUCGCGGAUAGGCCCCGGGCACGAUUUCCCAGCUCAGCGAUUUGCACGUGUCCUCGAUCAUGUCCGGCGUCUGGUUGGUCAUUUCGGCGAACACGUUCUCGAAGAUGGAGCUGUACGCGCGGCCGAUGAGUGCGAUCGUUUCCUGUUGGAAUUUCUCCUUCAGCUCAAACAUCAGCUCGGACACGUGCUUGGACCAGUCGUGGUUGAUGGCUUGGUAGAAGGCGGCCGUGUUGUUGUUCCACAGCGCUACGUACACUUUGUACAUCUGUUCGAGCUCCCCGUUUCCGGCUUUCAUGUUCUGCGGUAUGCGCUUCCAAAGAAACCGCGCAUUUGCACUGAGAAAUCAAAGUGCGAGAAAGGAAGCCUUUAAUGAUGUGAAAGGACGUUAAAAGUAGGACAUACUUACAGAUCAUUUUGAUAAAGAUAGGCCGCAAAUAGUUCCGAAUAUAGCUGAAUGGAGACGAUUCCGCCGGGGGCCUAGUGCAAAGGAAUUGAGAUUAAUUUGACGCUACACACGGCGUGCAAGCGA